AUGGCUCCUUUCGUCAAGAAUAACCGCAUCUUAUCGCACUUUACUCCAACUCUCGGAGCCGCUGUUGGCCUGAUUGCCUUGUCAAGCUUGAAUUAUGGCUUUGACAACCAGGGGAUUGCUACUAGCCAGGCGAUGACGGCGUACAAGAAGCAGUUUGGCACAUACAAUCCAAGUACCGGGGCUUAUGCCAUCCCGACUUAUUGGACCUCCCUCUUGAACAGUCUGAAUUUUAUUGGGUUCGCUGUUGGUCUCUAUGGCGGCAGCCUCGUCAACGCCCGUUUUGGCCGCCGUAUGGCAAUGUUUGGCAUGUCUAUCUGGGCCAUGGUCUCAGCCACAGUUCUUAUCAGUGCAUUCAGAAUUGAGCAGGUGCUAGUUGGACGAAUUUUGAAUUAUGCAUACGUUGGAAUGGAGCUUGCUACUUGUCCGCCAUUCCAAGCAGAGAUUAUCCCAGCUCCUAUACGAGGAUUUGCGGUAGGCACAUAUCAAACAAGCUUGCUACUUGGUGGUAUCAUCAUCAAUAGCGUGUGCCGGGGCACAUCUGAUAUACAAAGCAAUUAUGCUUGGAGGAUUCCGUUGUUCCUAUUCUACAUUGUUCCGAUAACUGUGGCAACGUGCGUCUGGUUUAUCCCGGAAUCGCCACGCUGGCUAUUGUUGCAGGAUCGUCGUGACGAAGCGCUGGACUCAUUACGUAGACUUCGCGGUGCUGAGAGGGAAGAAUACGAUCCUAGGGAAGAGCUUGCUCUCUUACAGAAGUCACUCCUAGAUGAACAGAAUCAGGGAACGUAUAUGGAUCUGUUCCGAGGCAGCAAUCGCAAGCGGACACUGAUAGCCAUGGGGACGAACUUCUUCAUCCAAGCCACAGGUUCCCCGUUCACUGCAGCUUAUGGAACCCUCUUCGUCCAAUCGCUUCACUCAUUGAAUGCGUUUAAUUAUUCCAUCAUGAGUUCCUGUAUCAACACAUUUUCUUGCCUUGUGUCAAUCUGUAUUACUGACAAGGUUGGACGCCGACCUCUUUUGUUAAUUGGCUCCGCCUUGCAGGUGGUGUGGCUGUUCACGAUGGCAGGAAUCGGCCUUAACGACAACCUGACCUAUUCUCAAAAUCAGGUCAUCAUCGCAGCGACAGCUUUGUCCUCGGCCAGCUUGUGCUUCAGCUGGGAUCCACUGAACUACAUCAUUACCACCGAAUUGCCUGCAUCAAGAUUACGCGACAAAACCCAACGUGUUGCGUCAAUUGUCAACAUUGCUACGAAUUUUGUCUUCUCCUUCAGCACACCGUAUUUGCUCAAUGCGCCAUAUGCGGAUCUUCAAUCUAAAGUAGGCUUCAUAUUCGGCAGUCUCGCUGUUUGCUCGUUCAUCUUUGCCUAUUUCUGCAUACCGGAGAUGAAAGGUCGGUCACUCGAGGAGAUCAACCAGAUGUUCCAGGAUGGUGUUUCUAUUAGAGAUUUCAAGAACUGCCAACACUCGGCAAAAUAUGUAGAGGGUGAAACUGAUAGCAAGACAGAUGUGGCAAAGAUGGAGGUGGAAACGAGGGCGGAGACUGAUAUCCCUUAA